CCUACUUCCAGUUUUAUCUUUUCAUUUGUGGAAUCUCAGCCUUUCGCAGCUAAGAUCUUAGUUACUAUGGGUCAAACUACUCCAAAGCGGGUUAUCCUCCGCUGUCGCGAGCAAUUCUUUAAAGAUCAGAAGAUAAUGGUAGAUGCUUUCUUUGAAUCGCAAAAUCUACCAAAUCUCGAGGGACACGGUGUGCAUAUAUGCAGCGAACCCUCUUCUACCCGUCUCUAUCUCGUUCUUGAUCUUCAUUGUGAAGAGGUUCCAAAUGUCGAUCUUAGUGAGUUGGAACUUCAAGUAUUCAAAGUCUCAAGAAAUACUACAUUUACAUUCGAAGAUCUAGGAGAGGGUGCAAGAAAAAGGGCUUACCAACGAUCGCUUAAACUAGAUUGGGGAGCCAACCAAUCUAAUCAGACGAAUUAGAUGGCGUUACUCCUUUACAAGGAGGACAAUCUCCAUCUUUAUCCGUAUCUUGAACAUCGCGGUUCAGGGGAAGAUCCCUUAAAAACCCAGAUGGAGGAAGGCAUGCAAUACGGCCUCGAUUGACUGCUGCUUGACAAAAGAGAAUUUCUUUUCGAUUUUCGUGUUUGGGAUUCCGCACACAAGAUCGGAAUGUCUCACAACUCCACUAACACAUCGUCCUUGAAUGGAUAUCGACUUAAAAAAGGAGUUAAGGUUGACCCAAUUUGAUGGUAGUCAAUCGAACGCGGGGCAGUUGAAGAUAUAACUUAGAUCUUCGUGCAGAUAGAUACUCGGAAC